AUGCAAGCCCUCCGUCUCAGCCUGGUGGCUGCCCUGCUGUCACUGGCAGCUGCAGCUCCCCCGGGUCCCCCGCCUCCUCCCAGAGGGAGCCCCAAACCGGCCUGCUGCCCAGCGAAUACCGUCAACCUGCCUCAGGGUCCCGUCCGGGGCUUUGCAGAUGACAGCGGCAAUUCCGUCUUCCUUGGCAUCCCCUUUGCUGCCACUACAGGUGGCCAGAACCGCUGGAAGGCGCCGCAGCCCGUUCCCAAGGCUGCUCCUGGUGUCACGUUCGAUGCCACUUCCUACGGCCCUACAUGCCCCCAGGCCAUCCGGGACCCGACCUUUACCAGACAGGAUGAGAACUGCCUGAACCUCAACAUCUGGGCCCCUGCUGGUGCCAAGAACCUGCCCGUGUUUGUCUACAUGUAUGGCGGUGCUAUGGUCACUGGCUCCAACAGCAACCCCCAGAUCCAGGGCAGCAACUUUGCCAGGAAUGGCGUCAUCUACGUCAACUUCAACACCAGAGAGUCCAUCUGGGCGUAUCCCAACUCUGGUGCUCUGGGCCCUUCGCAGAACUUUGGCAUCCUCGAUGUUAACCAGGCCCUGGAUUGGGUCCACGACAACAUUGCUGCCUUUGGCGGCGACCCUAACCACAUUGUCUUUGGCGGGCACUCGUCCGGCUCUGUGCAGGUCGACCACUACCUGUGGAACCACCCGUCGACUUUCCUCAAGGGCGCCGUGCAGAUGAGCGCCAACGCCGAGUCGGGCCCUGCCUACGCCCCUCGCAACGAGGCCAUGGACGCCGUCGCCGCCGAGGUCGGCUGCCCGUCGUUCGCGGCCGGCGGUCAGCUCGAGUGCAUGCGCAACGUCGACUUCCUCAAGAUGGAGACGUCAUUCUUCAACUCGACGUCCAACACGUGGUUCACGCCCACCAUCGACGACGUCACGCGCUUCUCCAACUACCCGGCUCGCUUCGCCCAGGGCAAGUACGCCUCGCAGGUGCCUCUUCUCACCGGCACCUCCAACGGCGAGGGCACCAUCUUCAGCCUCGUCUACGGCUUCGAGAACAGCAACUUCUCGUCCUGGAUCAACACCUUUGACGCCGACUCGCAGCACAUCCCCGACGCCGACCUCAUUGCCGCGUACCCCCCCUCCGAGUUCGGCAACUCGGACCCCGCCCGCUCGGGUGCCCAGUACGGCGACGCCCGCUUCAACUGCCCCGUCGACUACCUGCUCGACCUGCGCGUCCAGAAGCAGCCCACCUGGGUCUACCGCUUCUUCGGCGCCUACGACAACGUUGUCGGCGGCCCCCCCGGCACCGCCCCGACCCACGGCACUGAGGUCCCCUUCUUCCACGGCGGCAACGAGUGCUUCUCGUCCCUCUCGGGUGUCACUGCCGAGGAGCAGGCCCUCGCCGAUGCCAUCUUUGGCUGGUUCGUCCAGUGGAUCAAGAACCCGGCCGCCGGCCCCGGUUGGGCCCCCGUCACCACCACCAAGACCGGCCCGCUCGUCAAGCUCGGUGUCCCCGGCGAUGAGCUCACUAGGAUCCCUGCUACCAGGCAGGAGUUCAACGCUCGCUGCCAGAGCGUCUAUGCUCCCAACUUCCCCAAAUACCCCGUCGUCCAGAGCAUCAAGAGCCUGCUGCCUUGA